AUGACAGUCAGCGCAAGAUUGGACCAGAUGGUGACAGAAGCGCAAGUCAACUGCCCUUCAAAGCUUGAAUGUAACAUUCAGGAUGGUAAAUCAACAACGAAAUCUACAGCGUCCGGUCUCUGGCUUCCCUCGACGCAGAAAGCCGUCAUCACCCCGGAAAUGGGCCGAACUCUCAACCUCUCAGUGCACGAAAUCCCAGUCCGGCCUCCUACUUCGACGGAAGCUGUGGUCAAGAUAUUCUACACGGGCCUUUGCCGUAGCGUGAGUUCUGAAUACCAAGCAAGCAAGUGCAUAAUUGACGUUGGAAAGGAUGCUUGCUUCUCCAUCGGACCCGAGCCCGGGUUCCCGAAACACAACCACAUCGCAGGCCACGAAGGCAUCGGACAAGUCAUCCAGUCGCACGACCCCUCUCUCGUCGGUCGAACGGUCGGCAUACGCUAUCUGGGCGCGACGUGCGGCUCUUGUGCCUACUGUCUCAGCGGGCUGCCCACAUCCUGCCCGGGCCAGCUCAACGCUCCGAAACACAUCGCGGGCACGUUCCAGGAAUACGCCACGGUGCCGACGUCGUGCCUGGUGGCACUGCCAGACGGGAUUCUUCUGUCCGAUCCAGCAGCCGCCUGCGGUGCCCUCUGCGCCGCGCUCUGCUCCGGAUCGGCCGCGCUGACGGCGCUGCGAGCCGCUCGCGUCCAUGCGGGCAGCAUCGUCGUCGUUGCGGGCGUGGCCGGCGCCAUCGGCCAUCUGGCGGGCGCCAUGGCGCGGCGCGUCUUCGGUGCCCGCGUCGUCGGCAUCGAUCUGGGGUGGAAGUGUGACUUGCUGCGGCAGAAACAACACCAUGAACAGUACGCCGACGUCCUGCUGGAUGCCGCCGCCGCCGCCGCUACCGGCCAGGAAUGGUCUGAUUUCGAGGCACGCCUGGUUCGGGCGUGCACGCGGCUGAGGCCGGACAAAGCGUUGGCUCGGGCGGCUGAUGCUGUCGUGGUUUGUGCCAGCUCGGAAUCGGCGUUUCAGAAUCUGGACAAGUACGUCUGCGAUGGAGGGCGAAUCGUGUGCGUUGGGGUGCCUCGAAAUCUUGUUCUCUCCAUUUCGAUACAUGCGCUUGUGGAACGAAAUCUCCACUUGACUGGGAAUUUGAUGGGCGACCAUUUAACUCUCGAAGAUAUUCCGGAUCAGAUGCAGCGUAUGGUCGACUGCAAAUCUAUCGGCAAGAUCGUGGCUCGAAUCGGAGGCUGA